AUGUUGGCGGUCACUGAUCAGUCGUAUACAUGUGUUUUCGCAGCUCCACGACUGGACCUGGAGAGCCUCGAGAGCGGAUAUCACGGCCUGGUCAAGGAGAAUGAAACUUUGGUCGAGGUCACGCCGCAGAUCCGCGCCCUGGGAACGAAAGUUUGCUCCUUCCGCAUCGCGAACAAACACCACGGUGAGGCGCCGUUCGAGAUUGUCCUGAAGGAGAUGGGGAUGGCCGAGCUGCGGGCGUUCCGAGUCCUGAAUUGCGAAAAACGCCGUAAUUACAAGUUCGACAUCGCCGCGGUCGGCUGCAAUGGAGUGCAAUCGGAAAACGCCACGGUUCAUAUUACUGUGGUUGACGUCAACGAGUACGCGCCGCAGUUUCUCCAGCCGGCCUAUGUUAGUACUGUGGACGAGGGACGCCUCUACGAAGAGGUGGUCCGCGUCGAGGCGUCCGACCGUGACUGCACGCCGAAAUUUGGCGAUGUCUGCAAGUACGAGAUCCUCACCGCCGAUCAGCCGUUCAUUAUCGACAACGAGGGUGCUAUCCGCAAUACCGAGCCUUUGGAUUACGAACGCUCACACAACUACAUACUCAGCGUGGUCGCUUAUGACUGCGGUAUGAAGCAGUCGGCGCCGGCGAUGGUGACGGUUAAGGUGAACCGCGUGUGUGCUCCUGGAUGGCGAGGAAUCCCCGAGAGGGUAGAUUACGCUGCCGGCGUCGGUUCGCAACCUCUAUUGCCCUCGGCGCGACUUGAUCUUUGUGAUGCACCCUGCAUCCUGCGCAACGUGCGCGCCACCCUGACUUUGGCCACCGAUCACAUCGGCAAGGGUUGCGAUCGUGAUACCUAUGGGGUUCGCAGCCAGCGGAAAUUAUGCGGUGCCUCGCGCGACAGCGUUGAUCUACUGCCCACACCUGGACCCACAACUUCCUGGACGGCCACUCUUUCCAGAGAUGAGGGUAGAGAGGCUGAUGAGAUCUUCGAGUUUGACGGCGUAGACUCAGCCGCGAUCGUGCCGAACGAUGUGCUGGAGCAUAGCCUGGCGCAGAAGUUUACCAUCGGUGUCUGGGUCAAGCACCGACCACGCCCGCGACAGGAUCCACAUGUCAAGGAACACAUCUUGUGUGCUGCCGACGAUCACAAGAUGAAUAGGCACCAUUACGCCCUGUUCAUAAGGAACUGCAGAUUGAUUUUGCUGCUGCGACGCGACUUCUCCGAGGGUGAUCCCAACAUCUUCCGUGCUGCCGAAUGGCGUUGGAAACUUGGUCAGGUAUGCGACGAUAAGUGGCAUCAUUACGCGAUCCAGGUAGACUUUCCACGUGUCAAUCUAUAUGUGGAUGGCGAAGAGUGGCAUGCUGACGAGAAGAACCCUGAAGUCAUUGAUGACUGGCCUUUACACCCGGCUAAGGGCGUCAAUACCACCCUUGUGGUCGGAGCAUGCUGGCAGGGCUCCGAGAACAAGACCAAACACCAUUUCCGUGGUUACCUCGCCGGUCUGUCCGUUUUAGUUGGUCGAAACGAGAAACCGGAAGUACUCUCGUGUUUGCGGCGUUGUCAGGAAGGCAUUCACGUACCACCAAUGGACUUGUUACAACCGGGUACUCAGCUGUUGACCAAUUCCGAUAUGACCGAAGUGCGUAUCGAUGGUGAUAAUCGUACAAAUGUGGAAACCUUACUGCGUCGUAUUGGCUACUCCAACACUCGGCGUUUCCCGACGCCCGGUCGCCGUAACUUCCGCCUCGACACAACGAUCGUCUGUGAGGGUAGCGAGAACACGCCCCUACCGGUACCGACUGUGCAGUCCUACGUCACCGUACUACCGCCUCCUCGACCAGGCAUCACCGUCAACGGUACCGGUUACGUAGCCCGAGAAUACGCUGAUUUCCGGUUAGGAGUACGUGUGUUCCCCGACGCGCGCGUCACCGCUGGAUCGGCCGCCCGAUUGGAUGCUUGCGCUGUCAGUGUUUAUCCAAGUCUCAAUCCAGAUCAUGAGAGCUUAGGAUUACCUGGUGACGCCCUGCUCGCAUUCCACGAUAUCUCCGCUCGCGUCGAUCGGGAUGGCGUCGUUCUUUCCGGAGCGGAUUCGCCUUACAACUACCAACAACUCAUCCGUCUUAUCAUGUACACGAACCGUAAGCCGGCUUACUAUCUCGAUCGCGUCUUUAAACUUACCUGUUCCGAGUUGAGCGGCCGCUUCGCCAGUAAUGAGUACGUGCAAACGUUGGCCGUAAUUCAUCCUAAGGAAAAGACGACCGUUUUGCCGCACACGACGCCCGGAGAACCGCCCAUUGCCAGAAUCGUUGAACCGGCACCAGGUCACGCACAGCUCUCGCCGCAUCAUGCCGAUCUAACAGAGGAGUACGCUACGGCAGCGCUUCGUGAAGGAUCUGCCGGUGACGAGCUCGCCGCAGAGACGGAGAUGGCCUGGGACGACUCGGCCCUCGCCAUCACCGUGAAUCCGAUGGACAGGUUGACGGAACAGGACCAGCAUCAUCAGAGCCAGCGGGACGAGGACGUGGACGACUCCGGUAGCUCCGAUUCCGAGGAUGGCUCGUUCCGAGAUGAUGACCUCGACAGCUCCGACUGUGAGAACGAUUGCGAUCUCAGCAACGGUCGGCACCGCCAUCACAACUCGCCGCACGAUCUGGAGUGGGAUCAUCGUGAUGUUUAAAUCACCCUACUAUCUUUACACUGAGCAUUCUCACACAUCCCCCCUUUCUUCGCGUGACACUGAGAGGAGUACUGGCCGCGUGCCACUUUCUGUAAAAUUUCUCCAUUAUAUAUCGUUUCUUCUCGUCGUGCGCACCCGUCUGAUGUUUAUCGAACACAUUUCGAAAAUAUCUCGUGAUGAAGAUUCCUUGCGUAGCUAUCGGCGGCUUCGCGAAUUUAAUCUGCGAGAGUAAAGAGUUUCAGAUUAUCGUUUACGGAUCUCUCGUUGAACGCGAUUUGCGUCCGAAAGAUCGGUUUCUCGAAUUUCUCUUCUUGUGCAUCAAAUAUCACGAAAGCGUCGUUAAGGGAUUAGAAUAUUUAUUACGCUUUCGAAUUUCCAGAAUAUAGAGUAAUAAGAUUUAACGUUCUAAGCCGCUCCAUACACUGCUCGAUCGAUUCUAUAAACGAUUAUUAACCCUCUUUACUACGCGAGAGCGUUAUCGUAUUAUCCGUCCCCAUCCGUUCACCUUUUCUCGUAGAUGACGUUGGUAUAAUCGAUGAAGUAACGAGAUAUAAAACGGCAUUCAGUUAGUACUCGUCUUAAGCGUCAGGAAAAAACUUGUAAGAGUGCGGGACGCUUUAUUGAAUAUAGUUAAAACUCUUUCUACCUAUGAACACACGUCGCUGAUGUUGGUAGAAUCGGAGACACACGCAAGAGAUACUUAAAAUGUCGUAAAAAUAUUCUCGAUUGGAAUAUUUACGGCAGUUAUUAAUUUAUAUUCUUGACUCUCAUCAUUGGUAGUAGUAGGACAAGGGAACUUUUUUUUUAUACUUCUAACUAUUUUUCCUUCUUUUUAAUACGGUUAUCGCUAUUUUAUCAUUACUAAUCGCUGCGACUAUAUCUAGCCAUUUUAUCGAAAGUUGUUUUUAUUAUUAUUAUUAUUAUGUUUAUUAUUACUGUAGGCAGGACGGCCCGGUAGCGUAGUUUUAAAUGCGAAACAGAGUGCUGAGCCGACUCUAUAUUCUUCCUCGUCUUCUCGACUAAACUUUCUUAUCUAAGGUCCAUUUGAUCUCAUGAAUGUAAUUCUCUCGCAAUAAUCGUGUCUUUCGUAUUUUGAUCAAAAGCGCUCGUGAUACGAGCUGACGUUAAUUAAUAAACCGGCAGCGAAACGCGCGUAGAUACGAAAAUAAGCUGUAAGCCAAUCGCUUCGGUGUAGCACGUGAAUCGGGUUGAGCCUGGGCCAUACGAUGCUUGCCCAAUUUUGCACACUUUUAUUUUUUUAAAUAUCGUUACGCCUUCGAUCGUUUUUCUUUUGCACGAUGUUCCUUCCUGAUCGGUCUGCAGAAGAUUAGUAAGGACAUUGCCACGCAUCUUAUGCUAGUGCUUCAACAUUUAAGAUAAUCGGUAUAGCAUCAUAUCCAUAUAUGAUGCGUAAGCGUGUCACAUACAAAAACGGCGCGUUUAAAAACGACGGUUUCGCCAAUCGUUUAAUCCGUCAAUGUUUGGAGAACAUGAAAUAUUCGGCAAGGGGAACAAUCCGCGCGCGAGCAGACGCUUCAUGCGUUAUGUAAUUUCCUCUGGUAUAAAUAUUCAUUUCUAAUUAAUUAAAAUUAUCUGACACGUGAAGGAUCGGCUUAAGGGUGGAUUAUUCAUUCCUCGUUUGAGGUUGUUUCAGUUUGUCUAUAAGCGUUUGACGAAUUAACGGCAGUUAACCGUACGUAGUUUAUGUGCGCGCGUCACGCACGUGCUCUACAUAUAUAUAUAUACAUAUAUAUAUAUAUAUAUAUAUCAGCAUCCAUUCAUUAUUCCGUGGCGAGAGUCUCGUCUCGAGUAGUAGACGAUUAUUCUAAAGUAAUGCGCAGCGGCUGGGGGAGCUAUCGAGCGUGCUUCUCCCGUUAAUAUCCCCGACCCAAGACGUGUCGUAUCGUGCAAUCGCUCUUUUCACAGAGAGAAAACUGAUGCUUUUACGUGCCUUUUAAGCAAGUGUAGUACGUUGAAUUUGUAUUGUCUGCUUUAACAGCGAAUUUCAGACGCUGCGUUUACCUCUUUCUGUUUUCUCUUUUCUUCGCAGUAUCCCGUCACCAUAGACGGGUCAGCCCUGUAUUGUUAUUAGGAACUUCUCGCGAUAUCGUAGUUCAGGUGCACAGUGAGCUUGCCAUGCAAUCGCUAUUGCCCGACGCAGGUUUAGCUCUUUUAUAGCUACCUAAAAGCGCGUUAUAGUGAAAAGUUCCGAUUGUAUUUUACGGUUUAGAAGUUAAGGACGCGCGUUUACUGGGCGUCGCUCCCGGGCGACGCUCCGUUCGUCUGAUGGGCUUUCGAAGCACAAUACCUGUCGAUGGUCCCGUGUCGGAAAACGCGUCAUACACGUGCAAUGAUCCCGUCGUGGGGUACAUUAAACUCUCUUUCUAUCUUUCUCUGUCUCUCUUUCUCUUUCGUCAUAAUGGUGACACGACGGCUGCGCAUCCGUUAUCGUCGCGAAAUAAUGAACGGAUCCUCGUGUAUGUGUGCGUCUCUGUGUUGACAUAAAUGUAGAAUUAUACCGAAUUGUUCGAAUGCGGAGGCACCAGUACCGAAGAACUCGCGUACGGAUAUAUCUAUAUUCAUAUAGGGAACUAUAAUGAACACACAAUUUAUUUUUCCAACGAGCAUAUCAUAUCAUUUUUAUAAGGGAUUUGUCGGAAACGUUUUUUGGGAAGCUUUGCUUCACCAACGAGCGGUCGCGAAACGUCGCGACUUUGUAAGGAUUUCUUUCUCGUUCUCGGGAGAUAGGUUUCUUUUUCCCCAUCUCUCUCUUUCUCUCUCUCUCUCUCCGUUUCCGGAGAGGGUUAAACAAUACGCACCCUCUCUUACGCAUUUCUCCGACUCGCGCGAAAGCAGAUAUUUCGAUCGAAAAUUCGGAUUGCUCUAAACGAGAAAGCGGAGCUUGACGGAAAGAACCAUCGGAAAGAACAAAAAAGACAAAUAGAGGCGUGCAUGAUCGUUUAUCUGUUCCUGAUAACACCAGAUCGCAUAUAUACACUUAUAUACAUGAAAUACCGAUGUGUACGCUUGCUUUUGUACUGUCUUUCCUUUCCUAGUGUUUUCUCCUAACGCGAUUUUAUUACACUGCAACGCGAAUUUUAUCAUAAACGUAAUCUCGUAUUUUAUAAAGAUCGUAUAGCAACACAGUGAGAAGGUAAUCAAUAAAAAAAA